UCUUCCAUGGCUCAACACAUCCGCUCUGUAAAGCCACUACCACCACAGAACAUGUCGCAUCCGAUACGAGCCCCAACAUGGGUCUCUACGCGCUUAAUCUUCGAACAAAAGCUUGAAACUCUCGACAAGUGCACAAAUUUAAGCCAUAUCAAGCAAAUCCACGCCCAGAUUAUCAAACAAAACCGCCACCAAGACCUCUAUAUAGCACCUAAGCUCAUUAAAGCAUUCUCCACCUGCCACCAGAUGGUAUUGGCUAUUCAUGUUUUUAAGCAAGUCCAUGACCCAAAUGUUUAUUUGUACAAUACUUUGAUUAGAGCGUAUGUACAGAACUCGCAGGCCAAACAAGCUUUUGGGAUUUUUCUUGAGAUGCAGAAAAAUGGAGUCUUUGCUGAUAAUUUCACGUACCCAGCUUUGUUGAAGGCAUGUAGUGGCAAGUCUUGGUUACCUCUGGUGCAAUUGAUACAUAACCAAAUAGAGAAAUUUGGGUUUCGUGGGGAUAUAUACGUACCCAAUUCCCUUAUUGAUUGUUAUUCAAAGUGUGGUGCAUUGGGUGUCGAUGCAGCGAUGAAGUUGUUUACAGUAAUGGAGGAGAGAGAUGUCGUGUCCUGGAAUUCGAUGAUUAGUGGGUUGGCUAAAUUAGGCCGUUUGGCUGAGGCUCGUAGGUUGUUUGAUGAAAUGCCUGAGAGAGAUAUCUUUAGUUGGAAUACCAUACUGGACGGCUAUGUGAAGGCCGGAGAUAUGAACGAGGCAUUUCAGUUGUUUGAGAUAAUGCCGGAGAGGAGUGUUGUAUCAUGGUCGACUAUGGUUUUGGGCUAUAGCAAAGCAGGGGACAUGGAAAUGGCUAGCACGUUGUUUGAAGCUAUGCCGGUGCAAAAUUUGGUAACUUGGACGACAAUCAUAUCUGGGUAUGCUGAGAAGGGGCUAGUGAAGGAAGCAAAUAGCUUUUACAAUCGAAUGGAGGGGGCCGGCUUGAGGCCUGAUAAUGCAACCCUAAUUAGCAUUUUGGGUGCUUGUGCGGAGUCUGGUUUGCUUGGAUUGGGGAAGAGGGUUUAUGAUUCUAUUGUGAGGAAUAGAUUCAAUUGUAGCAUUGCUGUGUCCAAUUCAUUGAUUAAUAUGUAUGCAAAAUGUGGUAGCUUGGACGAGGCUUUAAGUAUUUUCAAUGGGAUGGCAAACCGAGAUUUGGUGUCGUGGAAUUCCAUGCUUCAUGGGCUAGCAGUGCACGGACAUUGCGAGAAAGCCCUUCAGCUUUUCUCUAGAAUGAAGCAAGAAGGAGUUCAGCCUGAUCGAGCAACUUUCAUUGGCGUUUUGUGUGCUUGUACCCAUGCAGGCUUUGUUGACAAGGGCCUUGAAUAUUUCUACUCAAUGGAGAGAGAUUAUGGGAUCGUUCCCCAAGUUGAACAUUAUGGUUGCACAAUUGACCUUUUGGGUCGUGGGGGUCGUCUUAGAGACGCAUUUCAGCUUGUGCAAAGCAUGCCGUUUGAACCAAAUGCCAUUAUUUGGGGUUCCCUACUUGGGGCUUGCCGAAUGCAUAAUGCUGUAAAAAUGGCUGAGGAGGUUCUUCACCACCUUACUGAAUUGGAACCGUCAGAUCCAGGUAAUUAUUCUAUGUUGUCCAAUAUUUUGGCUGCUGCAGGAGAUUGGGAUGGUGUUGCCAAGGUAAGACAACGAAUGAAGAGCGUAGGAGUUGAAAAGCCUUCAGGGGCUAGUUCUAUUGAGGUUGAUGAUGAAUUCCAUGAGUUUACGGUAUUGGAUAAGGGGCACCCUAAAUCCCAAUGGAUAUAUCAAAUGAUUGACCAAUUGUUUCAAGAUGUUAAACAAGUUGAUUAUGUACCAUUGGAAGCAAUUUGAGUUGGUGACAUCAUGAUUUAGGAAGACAUAUUAGGGAGGAGUACUUGGCAUGCUUUACUUUUUCUAUUGAUGCUUGAGCUUUUGGGAGUUAAUUCUUAAUACCAUUCGAGUAUACACCAAGAGCGCAAGGGGUGGGCUUUCCAACUCGGUCAUAUAGGAUGAAGACUGUCCAAAGAUUCGCCAUUAGCCAGCAGCAUGUUGUACAGGCUGAUGCAGCGCUGAUUUGAUGAUUUCAAUUCGAUAGCAAGUACGAGUAAUUUUAUCUGUUGCGUGGUUAAAGGGGCUUCCUGUCCUUGUCAUUUGGGUACGCUGUAAUGGCUGAUGAAAGAUCGUUGUAAUCAAUCAAGUGGGGGCUUAAGGGCAUGAGCCAAAGUUUUUCAUGUUUCCAUAGGGAGGACAAAGAAGAUGGCCAGAUAUGAACCUUGUUACUUGAUGCAUACUAUUCAGUGACAGUUGUGGUCUUUUGUACCAUUAAUGGUGAUUAUUUAUCAGAUACAUGUGCCAUUGUAGAGCUGUAGAGGUCAUCUCUCCCUGUGAUGAGUGAGCAAAUGUUGAUCUUCUUCGUUCA